AAUAAAAUACUUUGCUUUAUCGAAAUGUACGAGGGGCCUUGGAGGCACCAUAAUGUCCCUGGUAAUGUUGUCAACUUUGACCUUUAAAUCACAUGUUUUCGGGGAUUUCCCCUUCCACAUCUCUAUCAAGGAUUGAAUCAUGCUUAAAUCAAAACUGGCACUACUUUCAAGUUUACUUUGUACAGUGUUAACAGAACUCUUCUUCGUUGUCUGCUGUGUUCACACAACAAAUACCUUCCUGCAUGAACGUUUGGCAUACCUCUGACAUCUGAGCAGUCCAAGUCCCAUCUAUUUCUGUCCCAGUUUCUGUGUGAGGUUUGGACCGCUUACACUUACUUGCCGACACCAAUGUAGGCCUGAAAUGGUUGUUUAGAACAGGCUGGUUUACGUUUUCCAGUCAUUCUCCUCAUGGACCUGUAUGAAAUCAGAGUGGAAAGACUUGGGACUAUUGCAGAAGAAGCUGAGCACCAGGGUCUGAGCAGAGAGUCAACCACAAUGGACAGAGGAGGGAGGACAACCAGAGACGUUUCCACCUUCCAGCGGUUUUCUGUUGAUACAAAUGAGUCCCUUCACUUUGAGCCCUGUGAGGAUAACCCUCCAUCUCCCACUGGUGCAGAGGAUGGAAAUGAUGAAGAUGACGUAUUUAAGGACGAAGGAGCAGAGAGUGAAAUUGUCACAAUCAGGAAUCGGUUACAAGGAAAGGUUGCUGAGAUGGAGAGCUUUGCAGGUCACCUGGAGGAAAUCUUUCUCACUGUGGAGGAGAAUUUUGGCCGUCAGGAGCAGCACUUGGAGCAGCACUACAACGACGUGCUGCAGACGUUGUCUCAGAGAUGUGAUGAGAGAGCUGCUGGACUAGAGGAGGAGAAGAAGGGGAAGCUGGAGGCCCUGUACAGGCAGCUGCUGGCUUGUGGCCACGCAAUGGAUGCUUCCAAGGAGCUCAUCGAGAAGGCCCAGGAGAUCUACCGCUGCAACGACAAGAGGCUUUUCCUGAAGACAGUCAUGCCCACCAUUGAAAGAAUCGAGGAGUUUGCCAAAGAGGAGACGGACCUCGCUUUGAAAACACAUCUGGAAUUUAACAUACCGCAGGCUGACCUGUCUGAUGUUAAAACCAUGAUGGACUCUAUCAACGUGGUUCCAGCUCCAUCUGCCCCAGUGAUCAACCCUCAGAUGGCUAACUCUGCUACCCAGACAUCGCUGCGUGUCUGCUGGAGCCUGUUCUCAGACGACACUGUGGAGUACUACGAGCUUUACUACAGACCAGUGCUGGAGGACACACCAGCAGACAGCACCUGUGCAGCACAUGAGAGCAAAGUAAAAGUGAAAGAGACCCACUGCACUGUGACCAAUCUGCUGCCCAAUGCUCAGUAUGAACUCUGGGUGACGGCUACAAACACUACAGGGAUCAGCCCGGCAAGCGAGAAGGCCUUAUACAUGACAGUGCCAUCACCUCCAGUGAUCAAGCAGAGGGAGUGCACCAGCUGCCCAGAGGCCACUCUGAUCCGCUGGGAGUCAGGAAACACCAACCCUGUGGACUCUUACAUCGUGGAGCUCAGCGAGAUGGGUACCGAUGGCACACAGAGCGGCGUUACAGAGUCUAUAGUAGCUGUGCCCACCUGCCAGUGUCUGAUUCAGCUGCAGCCAGGACGGCGUUACCUCAUAUCUGUGAGAGCGGUCAACAUCGGUGGGCCCAGUGACAGGAGUGACGUUGUUACUGUCUCUACAACAGGUACAUUCUUCCAUCUCUUGGAGUACACUGCCCACCCUUGUCUGUCCAUCUCUGAAGAUGGGUUCACCAUGUUUUAUGGAGACGAGGAGCUGCCCAUCAGUGCUAUGGCCUUAGAUGAUAACACCUUUGCCAGGUGUGUAGCUGUCUUGGGCGAUCUGAUCCCAGUGCGAGGCAGACAUUACUGGGAAGUCGAGGUCGAUGAUGGGACUGAAUUUAGGAUUGGAGUAGCGUACGAGGACACGGAGAGAAACUCGUACCUCGGAGCCAACAACACUUCCUGGUGUAUGAGACACAUUCUCACGCCAACCAGGCAUAAAUAUGAGUUCCUGCACAACGGCUGCAGUCCUGACCUGAGGAUUACAGUGAACCCGGUGAGGAUAGGAGUGGCCCUCGACUACGACCGGGGGACUCUGUCCUUCUUUAAUGUGGAUCUGGAACAACACCUGCACACCUUUCAAUCCCACUUCAGAAAUUACGUGCACCCCUGCUUUAGCCUGGACAACCCAGGAGCUCUAACUGUACACAAUGCCAUAGAAGCUCCUGAGUACACAUUUAUCUAAACACCAGAUAUCACAUUGAAGAUGAAUGGGAGAUUAAGCCCAGGAGGUCCAAAGGUCUCAGCGUCAUCUUCAUGAACGUAAACAUUGUGUUGAUUCAAAGUCAAAUAUCUGCUGACCGUGCACAGUGGUAUAAAAUGUGUGAGAACUAGACAAUGAAGGAUUUUCAGUUGCUUUUAUUAUAAUAUUCCAUGGGAACAGGCAUACACCAUUUUCCAAGAUAAGAAAAAGUUUCAUUGAAUUUUACAAUAUGUAUUUAUCUCAUCAGAGCCUGCAGCAGACCAAGUGUUUCAAUCCAAAAAAUAAUACGGGCUUGUUUUUGAAAAGCAGAAGGUGCUUUGAAGAAUGAAAUAAAGUGUUUAAAAUGAA